CUGUCAUGAAUAAAUGUCAUGUGUUAUCGAUAUGGGUAAACAUAACCUCAAAAUCUAUCUGUGGAUCUAAUUUGGAUAUACAAAUAUAUUGAGAUUGUGAUAUACAAAUUAUUAUUAAAUUUAGUUUCAGUUAUCAUAAUGACAGAAUAUUACAACGUUGUACCAUGGUACAAUAGCAACGAAUGGCAUAAUGUAUAUAAUAAAAUUUACAAUGAGGACAGCAAACAAGAAGCUCAUAACAUGUUGAUGAUUUGGAAAGCGCGAUGCCCGUCGCUUCCUUCAGGUAUAGAAUCAACAUUGACUUUACUAGAAGUGCACCUCCAAGAUCUGAAUAAUUUUGACGAUAUCACCAAAGAUCAUUUUUUACGUUUGGCAUACUCUUCAGCCAUUAUGCGAUUUGUAAAUCACAUGCUUGAUACAGAAACCGCUAAAGGGUCAAGUUUAUAUCAUGCUGCUAAAAAUUUAGGAGUUCCAGACUGGAUCAUCGACAUGAGGCACAAUACUGCUCACAGCAACAAUUUACCAUCCCUUGACUUAUUGAGAGAAGCCUCAGUCAUUGGAUUAAAAUGGCUGCAGAAAAAUUACUGGGAUAAAUAUAAAGAAUGCAUACAAGAUUAUACAACAUCUGAAUUUACUUCGGGAGAUGUAAACGGAGAUAAAACUAAAUUGACAGCUUUACUGAAUUUUUGCUUAUCUCUCAGUGUCUGCAUGCAUUCAAAAAUUAAGAAGUUAUCAGACAUAUCAGACAUUGUGAUGAGGGAAUCUAUUGUUAAUGAUACAAGAGACUUGUUCGGAGAUCAAAUUGAUUUAUCAAAUUUAAAAACUGUUUCCAUUAUGUCUUUAGUAAAUUUGAUGAAUCAUCAAUCAAAAAAACUGUUGCAAGGUAAAAAUAAAGCAACUAUUGUUACCAAAACAUUAUUGGGAGAAGAUUCAUUAUUCCUUUCAUCAGAACUUGUGCAUUACUUGAGUGACCACGAUUUCACGCGUAGAAGAAGAUUAAAUAGAGACUAUAUGCAAUGUUUUGAACUUUUAUUAGUAUUUCUACAUUCUAAUGAUUUGAUAUUUGAGUUUGUGAUGGAACUGGUGCAUAUAACACAAGAACAUGAUGACAAAGAGAGAUGUCUACUAGCAGCAAUCUGGCUUUCAGAGAUACUAAAGGCUUUAAAAAAAUCUAAAGAGUUUAUCAAUAAGAUGAAUAGGAUUAAUUCGAAUGACAUGAGAUCUCGAAAAAGAAAAGAGUUAAUAUCUCUCUACCAUCAUUGGUUUCCAAAUGACAAGGCAAAUGGACUGCUGUUAGAUCUCCUAAAAUCUGCACCUAAUGCCCUAUUGAAUAUUAAUUUUGUACAAACCAUCAUAUCAGCCUACAAUCCAUUUCUUGCUUACUUUGUAGUAGAUCUUUUAAACUUAGUGGAACCACAUUUGCCUAAAUUAGUGAAAGAUAAAGUUUGCAAGUUGGCACAUAUGAUUUCUUCACCAGAAAGACUUCAGACCCCAAAUUCAAAUUCAGCAAAAAUUUACACUGUUCAAGACUUGGAAUGUUUUAAUUCAGAUGUACUUAAUACCCCAAUGGAAGUAGAAGAUACUGAACCCGAAUGGAGAAACAAUGAAGAUGUACAUGUUGCAAUCCACUCUAUCCCAGGGACACGAGGCCUCUGGAAUAUAUCUACACUUGAUUGUGAUUGGUCCGUGUGUCCCAUUGGAUGUUUGGUUCAGCAAAAUUUAAAAAACUGAUGUGUUUAAUUAAAAUAAUAAAGCCAUAAAUUAUAAUACACAGCAAUUGUUUAUUCUUCUUUUAUAGAUGUGUAUACAGUAGAAUGUUUUGGUUACAUCUUUUUGUAUUUUGAUACAUUAAUAGGGACCUAAAAAUAAAUUGAACAAUAUACAUGUAAUAUAAUACAAGGUCAUUAAUUUAUUAAUGUCACAGUCAAAUAACAUACAGGAAUAUAAAAUGUCACUUUGUAAACAGCAUAGUAUUGGUCCUUAUCACAAAUACAACUAUAGAUUCGGUAAACACAGUAAGCAUGUUUGUAGAAAUAUCGAAUAAUAUCAAGUGAAGUCCUACAACAUCAUCAGUUCUAUAUUUAUGGUUCUACCACAAAAAAAUGGUAACCUACAGAAAUUUUAAAAAGUUAAAAAGACCUAACAAACUAAAUGUUUGUUUUGAAGUCUUAAAAUAAAACAGGUGUUAGGAAGGUUGAUAACAAAACGAUUUGGAGGAGCACUCUCAUUAACCAUUUUCUCCUUUCACAAGAAUUUAUUAUCACAUAAUUCUUAUUUCUCUGCCAUAAGAAAUAUAAACCUCCAUUGCUUCGACCUUGCCAACACCUAUUUAAUUCACAUUAUUUUAACAACAGAUCUUGAUUUUAUAAUGUUUGACAAAUUAAAAUUUUUAUAAAACUUAAGUCGAAAUAUUUAGGCACCAGAUGUGAGUAAAAUCAAUUUACGUCGAAAUUAUAACAAGAUGUCCCAACAGGCACUUUGAUAAAUUAAACAUUUCAAAAUUAAAAUCAGUUUAAAAUAGAACCUUCCUAACUUAACUCUAUGUUAUAUUUACAUCUCAAGUAGAACGACACUAUCUACAUACACUUCUAGUGUUUAGUGCCACAUUGCACAUUCAAUAUUCAACUUAUACAUCAACUUGUAAACAUGGGUAGUAUGUAAGAGCCUUCGAAUCAGGGAUAUUAGACCUGUAUUAUCUAAUUUUAUCACUACAUAAAAUAACGGUAUAAGCGCAGUACGCGUUAACAGUACUAGUAGAUUAUAUAAGAACACUAUAAUUAUGUAAACAACAACAGUUGACAAACAGUUGAACAUUCGUAGACUUGGACUGCCGAAAGCAAACUAGUCAAAGGCACAAGAAAUACAGUAGAUUACUGUGGCACAACCCCAGCGAUAGAUUAACGGGAUUUUAUCAAUUAAUGUAACAAUUUUUAGAACAUACUAAAAUGGAUAUUCUAAAAUUUUAUGAAAUUAAACUAUCAUUAAAAUCAAAACCAAUAAAGGU